AUGCAACCUAAGAUGGACCACUCGUGGCAUUCAUACGCCGACGCCAUCAAGAGUUCUACCAGGUUACCCGACGGUAUAGAAAACGUUGAUUUUCCCAUCGCAUAUAAUCAUGACCCCUAUUUGAUUGAUUCUCACGUCAUUAAACCUAUAGGAAGUCCCGUUGAAAGUUUUAAGGGCAUUGUAACAGGUAAUUAUGAUCCCCGCUCGCCCAUCCCAAAUUUACCAAUGAGCAGUCCUGAUAUCUAUAACAACUACAACUACAAAAGUAUAGUAAAUCCAGUGUCUACAAAUAAAUACGAAAACAAUAUAAACAGAAUCAGCUCACACCAUGAUCAAUCCUAUGAACGUCCUAUUUUUGGUCGUACAUUUAAUGAAAAAGUAUGGGGAAAAGAAUUUGAUUCCUUACAGCCUGAGAAUAUGACAAAUCUGUUGAAGACUUCUAAGGAUAAAACUGAACAAGUUGACCCUAAUGACUCUUUUACUACAGCUAGUCUAACUAGUAUGAUAGGAGGAGAUACUCUACAAAGGUGGAAAAUACCUGAAUCAAAGAUGCCUAUUACACCAACAGAUACAAUCAUUCCUAUCGAAAACGCUGCCAAACACCUGGGAGAGGUUAAAGAUGCCGAUAACGACAACAUGUCUAGCACAUCCAAUUACCGUGAUGUACAAGACGUUGAUACCAACGGCUUCACCACAAAUGUAUCAAUAUCAAGGUUUUCAUUAGACAAAUCUGGUUGCAUGAAUCAUCGUAAUAAUGAAAUUCGUAACAAUUCUUCCAGUGGAUGUACUGAUACUACGAUCUCCUUCAAAUGGAAUUUUCUUAUGAAUGAAUCUUCAGAAAGUGAAAAGCUAGAAGCAUUCAAACAACUCGUUUCCGUUUCAAGUGAAUCAGAGAUCCCUUCGAUCAUAUCGUAUUUAAUACAGCUUAUUUCUAUGCGAAACUGCCACAGGGCGUUCGCCAUUAGAGCCCUUACCUUCACCCUGGCAUCCCAUCCCGAAAUAGUUACUUCUUCAUUCCAAUUAGAGUAUGUUGAAAAAUUGUUCAUCCAUCCAUCAGUAGACGAUUUGGGGGCUUCGUUUUUAAGAUUGUUAUUAAAUAACAUGGCUAAUAUUCAACAUAGUGAUGAUGAGUCGAAUGGUUACGCGGAAACCGCCAAGAGUUACAUUUGGAAAGUCCUGCAAAUUUGCUGUGACCGCGCUGGUUGCAACAACAUUGAACUGCUACGUUCUAGUCGAUUGCGUGAUUGGGUCUGUACGUUCUGGUACGAAAUGCCCUUUUCAAUUCAAGACAUUGAUAUAGGUCAGAUCUGUCUGAGUUGGAUUAACAAUCGCCAUGAUGCAAUGUAUCUGAAAGAUGGCCCAUUUGCUCUUCUGGCUAGGGAACGAGAUUCUAGGGGUCAACUUGGUGUUUUAUGGUUAUUUGAAAAUUUCAUCCAAUUCGUAUUUAAACAUUCUUCCAACCUGAGUAUCGACUUUCAGUAUGUAAUACGCAUGUGUGGUGUGGAUCAUCAGUCAAAAAAUGAGCAAAACAGUACCGUAUCAUAUAUUGAGUGUUUAAGCGCCUACUUUAAGAAUUAUAAGGGUGGCAUGAAGGGCAUCAUUCGUGAUGGGAUUGACGAAUUGGACAAUGAAAAUACUGUAACAAACGUAUAUUACUCACACAUAUUAGAUGUAUGGAUAGCACUAUCCUGUAUUCCAUGGCCGCCCCGUCACCCGAAUACUCCGCAUUUACAACUGCUAUCGCAUUUCUUUCAGUUUAUAAUUCUGGAGUCUAACACUCCCAUCGCACAAUCACUGCAGCUUUCACUCAUCAGAGCUUCCAUCUGCAUUUCAAUAUCCCGCAUCGCAGCUCCAAUUAACGCAGAAGAUGCCGCAUUACAAGUUAUCACUCUAAUGUUGCACGGUAAUAGACCGUUUAUUCAUGAACAAGUUGCUCCACGCGUUUUGAGUGGUGUAAUGAACUUCAUACGCCGUAGACUAUUUUUGUGGCAUAGUGUUGACAGCGGGAUAUCUCGUCAAACAAUACAGACCGUGCAAACGCUAUACGAUAUAAUCAAUCAAGUAGUCACUGCUUCAGACAUCAACGAAAUUGAUAAUAAUGAUAUGGACGCAUUGUUUUUGUCCAAACAACAACAUAAACCUUUAUUUCCCCGCGCUAAUAUAUACAAUCAUGACGCCAACGAAGCGAAUGAAGAUAUAUCGAAUGAUAUCAUUGAUUACGUAUCAUCUAAUCGUGAAACUAGUGUGGAUGGGGCCAAUAGAUUGAAAUUUUUCCUAAGUCCGCCUAUGGAUAGUCCAACUAGUGAAUACAAAAACGAGUCAAGUGUGAACGUUGAUUUGGCUUACAUUGCAAAUCGUCAAAAUCACGUGGACUUGAAUAGUCUAGAUAACACUUUCCUUAACGGUCAAGGACAGAGUGUCAGUCACAGUAGCCAGGGCCAAACGAGUUUCAAAAAUCAACAAAAUUCUGGUAAAAGUAAUGGCAAACAAGUUGAACCUCCAAUCCCAGCUCCAGGGCUUAAAAAUUUGGGAAAUACCUGUUAUUAUAACAGCAUAUUACAGGCUCUAUAUCAUACUGACGAUUUCUUGGCUACUAUGUUUGGAUGCGACGGAGAUCCAGAAAUUAAGAAGAUGAACGUAGAGUUUUAUAAAGGGCUCCAAAAGUUGUUUAAAAAAAUGCUCACCUGUGGCAAAGAUCACGUAAAUCCAUCGUCUUCAUACAAACAACUACCUUCUCAGUUUAAAAACAAGCAUCAACACGAUACCACUGAAGUCGCCAGGUAUAUUCUUGACGAAUUGGGUUGUGAUAAACUUUCAAUGUGGAAGGGGUUAUUUGCUGGCCUGGUUAUCCAGCGCAUAAAGUGUAAGUGUGGUUACGUUUCAGACACCCAUCAAACAAUUAUUGACUUUUCUUUUGCCCUAGCAGCACUCAAUGAUUAUGAAGAAUCUUCUAUACAAAACUUAAUGGAUGGGUUUUUGAAGAAGGAGAAGUUGACGGGUGAUAAUAAGUACUUUUGCAACAAGUGUAACAGGAAUAGGAAGGCAGAAAAAUGGAAUGUGAUCGCUUCACCGCCAAUUCAUCUAAUGGUCAUUUUGAAUAGGAAUCUUUGGGAAAUUGGUAGUGAUGGUAGAGGAACGCCUGAGAAGAUUUUAAGGCAUGUGCAUAUAAACCAUACAUUAACUGUGUGCGGAUUUACUUAUUGUCUCUAUGGCUCAAUAAUACACCAAGGAUAUAGCACAGAUUCGGGGCAUUAUUAUUUCGUGGGAACCAGAUCCGAUUCUGUUAGAUAUCCUGAAAAGUGGUAUAAAAUGGAUGAUACGAUCGCCAGCAGAGUUGGACCGGAGUAUAUUGAAGAUACUUCUAGCGACCAAAGUAACACUCACGUGCCGUAUGUGUUAUUCUAUCGCUGCAAUCAGGCACAUCGGUCCAAUAGUAUUUAUAUCUGA